AUGGUGAAGGCACUAAUAGAAGUGAACAAAGAUAUGUGCUUGGUUAGAGAUGAAGAUGGAAAAAUCCGUCUUCACUACGUUGCCAUGAGAGGACGUGUCAAAGUGAUAGAAAUGCUUAUCAGUGUAGAACCAAAGUCGAUUCAAGAGAAGCUUAAUGAAGGAGAAACGAAUGAUGAGCUCAUCAACUCCAAAGAUAAGGAAUAUGGCAACACCAUUUUGCACUUGGCUGUGAUGCUAAAGCAAAUUAAGUUAGUUUCAAUACCUGAAGUGAAAACGGGGGUGAGUAGCUUGAACAGAAUGGGGUUGAUAGCCUUUGGAAUGAUAGAGGAAAUUCCGAAGGACUUCAAAAGCAUCAAAAUCCUCAAUAUUCUUCAGGAUGCACUGGAUCCCCAAACACAAAAUGUAACGGCCCAGACCACCCGCAUCAAGAUAUUGUCCGCUUUGGGUUCACCGAGUUCAGGCCUAAGGCCCUCCUAG